AUGUCGUUCGGCGGGCAGACGCCCACUAUAGUGGUGCUGAGAGAAGGCACCGACCAGUCGCAAGGACGAGGGCAGAUCGUGUCCAACAUCAACGCAUGUCUCGCAGUACAGUCGACCAUCAAGGGCACCCUGGGCCCUUAUGGCGGCGAUUUGUUGAUGGUUGACGAGAACGGCCGCCAGACCAUCACGAACGACGGCGCAACAGUGAUGAAGCUCCUCGACAUCGUGCAUCCAGCCGCCCGCAUCCUCACCGACAUUGCGCGCUCGCAAGAUUCCGAGGUGGGCGACGGCACCACCUCUGUGGUGGUCCUCGCGGGUGAGAUAUUGAAGGAGAUCAAGGACUAUGUUGAGCAGGGUGUGAGCAGCCAGACCAUUAUCAAGGGCCUGCGAAGAGCAUCGAACAUUGCAGUCAACAAGGUCAUGGAGAUCGCGGUCGACACCACAGAGGGUAACAAGCGGGAGACGCUUCAGAAGCUCGCUGCCACAGCCAUGAGCAGCAAGCUGAUACACCGCAAUUCUGCUUUCUUCACCAAGAUGGUGGUGGAUGCUGUUCUCUCCCUUGAUCAAGAUGACCUCAACGAGCGGUUGAUCGGCGUUAAAAAGAUCACGGGUGGUGCGCUGCAGGACUCGCUUUUCGUGAACGGCGUAGCUUUCAAGAAGACCUUCUCAUAUGCCGGUUUCGAGCAACAGCCCAAGGCUUUCACCAACCCCAAGAUCGUGUGCUUGAACGUCGAGUUGGAGCUCAAGAGUGAAAAGGAUAACGCAGAGGUGCGCGUGGAACAGGUUUCGGAAUACCAGGCUAUCGUGGACGCAGAAUGGCAGAUCAUCUUUAACAAGAUGGAGGCGCUGUACAAGACUGGCGCAAAGGUGGUGCUGAGCAAACUUCCCAUUGGCGAUUUGGCAACACAGUACUUUGCCGACCGAGACGUUUUCUGCGCUGGACGUGUAGCAUCAGACGACCUGGACCGCGUAUGCCGGGCAACAGGCGCCAGCAUCCAGUCUACCUGCUCUGACAUUCAGCCCAAGCAUCUGGGUACCUGCGAGAAGUUCGAGGAGCGACAGAUCGGCGGCGAGCGAUUUAAUUUCUUUGAGGGUUGCCCCGAAGCGAAGACCUGCACGCUUGUACUCCGUGGUGGUGCUGAGCAAUUCAUUGCCGAAGUCGAGCGAAGUUUGCACGACGCAAUCAUGAUUGUCAAGCGCGCGAUUCAGAACAGGAACAUUGUGGCAGGAGGAGGAGCUUGCGAGAUGGAGGUUUCCGCCUACCUACAUGCGUUUGCCGACAAGGACGUGCGGAACAAGCAACAACCUAUCAUCAAGGCUUUCGCCAAAGCUCUUGAAGUCAUCCCGAGGCAACUGUGCGACAACGCCGGCAUCGAUGCAACGGAUAUCCUCAAUCGCUUACGAGUUGAGCACAAGAAAGGCAACAUCUGGGCGGGCGUCGACUUUGUGGAUGAAGGUAUUGCGAACAACAUGGAGAAAUUCGUCUGGGAACCUAGUCUCGUCAAAAUCAACGCUCUGCAGGCUGCCACUGAGGCAGCGUGCCUGAUCUUGAGCGUAGACGAGACGAUCAGGAACCAAGAAUCGCAACAGCCACAAGCUCCGAACAAGCCCCUGCCACCGGGCGCGGCGCAGAGGGCGCUCGGCGGACGGGGUCGUGGCAGAGGUAUGCCCAGGAGGUAG